AACUAGUGAUGGUAUUGUUUUUUUAAUGACAAUAUAGUAAAAUUGUUCUACAUUUUAUUUACUUUAAUAAGGAAAAUUAUUUUUGUCAACUUAACAAAACUUUGUACGUAUAUUUACAUCUCUUUUACUUAAACAAUAUCGGAAAAUUACAUUGUUUACAUCAGUUGUGUUUUGGUUUUUGUCUUUGCUAACCAUAUAACAGCUUAAGGGUUAAUUGAAAUUUAAUACUGGUAAUGCUGAAUACUUCUGAAUACCCGAUGUAAAAGUAAUUGUUCUGACAUGUACUGACGCAAACACUCACAUUAUCGAGAAGUUUUCUUUUACUUUACACGAGAUUAACUCGUUCUUUUACCAUUUUGAACUUGCAUCAUCCAGACGUGUCUUAAUUAAUAUUCGAAACCAAAGAUAUAAGUAAUUUUUAGUGUCCAAAAAUAAUAUCAGGUUAUAUAGUUUUAUUCCAAAGAUCAAAUUAAGUGUCUUCCAACCAUAAUUUAAACCGAAGUAUCAACCAAAAUUAUCCGAAGUGAAGUGAUCUUAACCUAAAAUUAAGGGACACACGUGGACACGUAGCCUAUUAAGGCUCCCAAUGAUAUGGUCUUCACGAUAUAUCUUUUAAAGUAAUUGAAAACUUCGUAUAAAUUUAAUUUAAAAGAAAGCUUCAGAAGAUCAAGAUUAUACCUGACUCUAAAUAAACUAUCCCUGAUAGAUGAGUAGAAAGUGGAAGUAUAAUUUCCACCAGAACUGUGUUGAUAUUUACGCAUUUAAUAAACUGAGAAUUGGACAAAACACGCAUUAUGACGUCAUGAAUGAAUGGGUAUAUGCUUAGUCUACAAUAAAUAUAAGAAUACAGAGGAAAACACACAAAGUCAUAAAAUCGAAAUUUGGAAAAAGGGUACCAAAAUAAUUUAACACUAACCGUACCAACUGAAACAAUUCUCUACAACUAAAUCUGUACUUCAAUUCAAUCACCAAACCAGAGUCUGAAUUAUACGAACAUAUUGUAUUUCUUCCCAAAUUCAUAAGAUCAUCUAUUUCCAGUAAAACUUAUAUAAUACCUAUUUGAAAUCCGCUUGUAGUACGUGCAUAUUAGAUGUAAUUUGAUUACACUACAUUUUAAAAGUAAAAUUCCUUAAUAACAUUUGAUAUAAAACUCAUAUUUGAAAUCAUGCACAUACAACAAUACAUGUAUUUAGUUAUAAUUAGCUAUAGUCAAUAAGUAAUGUAAAUAAGUCUGGUAUGAAAUAUGCAACAAAUUACUUUUCUCCAGCCCCAAUAGUAUAAAAACAACUGGAUGCAGAUGUUCGAGAGGCCUCUACGUCAUCAAACCAGUAAAACUUCAAACAUAUAUGAUGUAAGUUGUAAGUCCCAACAACAACAAAUUUUUAAACUUUGACAAAAUCUUUAUUAAUAAGAAAAUUAGCAACAUUCUUUGAUUUAUUGUUUAAAAACACAACUAUUAUUUGUUUGUUGUUGUCUUCUAUAUAUUGUUUUUGCUUUUUGACUUGGCAAAUACACCUCUUUUUUCUUGGCAUUCUAAAGAUACAGUUGUUAACUGAGCGCCAUGCCGAAGACGUCACUAACAGAUAGAUACCAAACAUCAACGCUUAAAACGAUCAAGCCAUAAUUUAUUUAGUCAAAGAUUUGUUAUUGUACAACUGUGUGUGUGUGUGAUCGUGGUAAUUUCAAAAAAAAAGAAGUGUAGACAAUUUCAUAAGAAGUCUGUCAAAGAAAAAUUAAACAUUUAAGAAGAUUUUACUACUAAGUAAACAUUACGUGAAAGAAAAAAAUGUACCGAUCAUGACCCAGUGAUCUACAAAAGAAAAGAAAAUUUUUAAAUAAGAGAUUUUUUUUGAAGAAUCACUAUGGAAAGUGUUCUAAUACAAAGUAAUAUAGAUGAUAGGCCUAAUGAUCAUAUAGAACAUUUAAAAUGUGGUGAAGUUUUUACUUGGCAAUGUGCUGGAGAAUCUUAUGCGGUAGAAUGUAAACUCUGUGACGAUCAUCCGUUAUGUCCACUCUCAGAAUUUCCACAACACAUGGAGAUAUGGCAUACAGAUUGGCAGCAGGAUCUUGAAAUAGAUAAGGAGCCUAACGAAGACCUUCACAAUACAGAUGACGAUGAUGAAGAAGAUCAAUUUUUUAAUUAUGAAGAUCAUAAUGAUGAUCAAGCCUUAUCAUUUACCACUGAAGAUAGUGGCUGUUUAUUUGAGUCAGACGAUAAUUUUCAACAAAAUGAAAGAGUGUUAAACGUUGAUCCAAUAAACAACAAAGAAGAAAUUCUAGAACCGUUUGAACAGGUAUUAAUAGAACAAGAAAACAACAAUUGCCCUAAUGAAGAUUCUAUACAAAUUAGAGAAGAUCUUAAUGCCGCAGAAGAAUGUUUAAACGAAGUAAACAAACAGGUAGCAGAGGUGUUAGCAGCUGUAACUGAGAGCGAGCAAAGGUCAAAUUUUAAUAUAAACAAAACAUUGAACGAAAGAAAAUGUAAACAAAAAGAUCUUGCUAAUGAAUUAGCAGAAAAAGAGAGAGACUAUGGAAAUUUACCAAAAAUAACAGAGAGUAAAAGAGAACUAAAUGUAAAAGAAACAAAUGUUGCAAAAGAAAAUGAUAAUGUUGAGAAAGUAACAAACAAAUUUAAAAAUUCUAGAAGAAUUUUAAAGAAUAUAAAAGAAAUUGAAGAAAAUUUAGAGGAAUUAAGUGGAAAUGAAACAAGUGAAGAAAAAUAUCAAGAAUUUACGAUUAACGAAAUAAAUCUAGGUGAAAAUGAAACGGAAAUAACAAAAUUUGAAAGUGAAACAAAUGAAAAUGAAACAGAUGUUUUAAAAAAUUUGCAAAAAUUACAAAAUUCUUUAAAAAUUUGUAAGAGAACUAGAAAAUCUAAAAGAAAUGUCAAAGAAAAUAAAGAAUCAACGAAUGAAUUGAAAGAAAUUAAAGAAACAGCAAUAGGAAUAAGUGAAAAUGAAACAAAUGAACUCGGAAACAUUGAGAUUAUAGAAUCUAAAAGAAAUUUAAAAGAAAAUGUAACAAAAAUAAAAAAUGUUAAAAAAAUUAGCAGAAAAUCAAAGAAACCAAUAGAAAAUGACGCCGGAAUUAGUGAAAAUGAAACAAUUGUUAUUGAAAACUUUAAAACAAAUAGAAAAACUAAAAAAUCUUUAAGGAAUUUUACAGAAAAUUUAAUAAACCGAAAAGAUUUAAAAGAAAAUUACAAAGAAUUAAGAAAACUAAGAGAUUAUGAAACAGAAACAAUUGAAAAUGAAACAGUAACAAGUGAAAAUGAAACAGAAAAAAGUGAAAAUGGAAAAAUUAAAAAAUGUAUAAGAAAUUUUAAAGAAAAUAUAAGAAAAUCUAGAGCUUUAGAGGAAUUAAAAGAAAAAUUAAUAGAAACAAGUGAGAAUGAAACAGCAAUAAAAAAUGAGGGAAACAAUAAAAAUUCUCAAAAAAAUUUUAAAGAAAAUUCAAUAAAAUCAAAAGAUUUCAAAGAAAAUGUAAGAAAACUCACAAACUCGCAUAAACUAAUAGAAAAUGAAACAGAAACAAGUGAAAUUGAAACAGUAAUAAGUGAAAAUGAUACAAUAACUAGUGAAAAUGAAAGCGAAACUUCAACUAAAGCAAAUGAUCUCAAAUACAGUACAAAUUCUAACAAAUUAACAUUUUUCGAUAAUUCCUUUAAAAAUACUCAAGAUAAUUUUAAAAAUAUACGAAAUUUUUCUAUAAAUUUAAGAAAAAAUUUGAAAUAUUUACAAGAAUUACAAGAAAAGAAAGCAAAACCAAGAAGAAACCAUAAAAAAUUCGAAGAAAUCGGACAUAGUACAAGAUACAAGAGAAAACUUAUAGGAAAUCAAGAGAAAUUAAGAAAAGAGGAACGACACGAAUUGAAACAGGUGGAAUCUAUUAGCAGAGACAGAAAUGAAAGAGAAUUUUUACAAAAAUUUACAAAAUUAGAUAAAAUUACACAAAAUGUAACACAAAAAUCUUGCAAAACUAGAUCGAGCAAAAGAAAUUUAAGAAAUUGUUCCAGAGAGUUUUCAGAAGAGGAACAAGGAGAAAGAGGAUUACGUGAUUUGUAUAAGAAAGUAAUUAAGCUUCAAGAGAGUUUUGAAAAUUAUACAAAAUCUUCCCGAUUUCCGAAAACAAAUGUCACAAGAACUAGAAAAUCUAAAAUGAAAUUAAACCACGAGCAACUGUUCACGCAAAGUGAUUUGAGUAUUGAAGAGAGUAGUUCAGAUUGUUCUAGAGAAACUAAGAGAAAACUUCAAAAUUAUGAAAGUGAAUUAGAGGAGUUAGAUUUAAGUUCCUUUGAAGCUCUAAAACAAACUAAGGAGCCGCUUAAAAAACCCACCAGACAUGGAUACCGAUCAAGUAAAAGAAGACUAACAACAUUAAAUGAAGAUCUUACGCCCAACAAGAGAACAAGAAGAGAAAGUUCCAGCGAAACAUCUGACAUUUCAGAGGAGAUAUCUUCUAACAACUCUGUAAAGGAAGGAGUUAAUAAAACUGCAAAACAGACUUUGGUAACCCAAUUUUUUAAGAAUGAAAAUGUUAAAACUAAAGUUUCAGUUAGUCCUACUUCCAUGGAUAUAACCGACACCUGCUCUCUUAAUUCCUUUAAUUCUUCACCAGACUACGCUUCCAGUAAAGACAACUCUUCGCCUACACCCUUGUCUCCUUUCUCCCCCAAAACUGAGGACGAACAUUUUGAAUUCUGUGGACCCAAGAGAGAGCAACUAAACAAACAUCAUAUUGAACAUUUAAUCAAACUCUAUCAGGAACAUCCCCGCCUCUGGGAACAAGCCCAUCCGGAAUUCUGUGAACCUGAACUUUGUCGCAAAUCCUGGCAACAGAUCACCGAUCAAUGGAAUGCAAUUUGUCAACGUAAAUUCACAACUGCUGAAGUACGCAUACGUUUGGGCACUCUUUGUCAAAGAUAUGUACAAGAAAGAGAACGUCUUGCUUUAGAGGGAGAACUAGAUGAGUUUACCAAAUUCCCCCACUAUGAACAAAUGCAAUUCCUGGAGCAGCAAGAGUCUCUGCAAAAGAGAACUGAGUUGCUGGAGCAACAAAAUGAGAAGAUCUUGAAAAUUUAUCAACUAUUUCCUCUACUCUGGCACAUCAACUCUUAUAAAGUGCGCCAAAGCAAAGAGCGAGCCGAGGCUUUUGAGAACAUUAGCCAGUCUUUGAAAUUAUCAGGUUUACACUUAUCCUCCCAGGCGGUUCAGAAACGCAUACGUUCUCUUAGGAAAUGUUAUCGUUUAGAGAAAAUACGCUUCCUUAAUGCUCAAGUAGAGCAAACACCCUUCGAGUCCAACUUUUGCCAUUAUGAGAGAAUGAAAUUUUUACACCAGCACAUCGAACCUUUUAGGUGUCGCAUAUGUGGUAGAAUAUUUGAGAAUUUAUCACGAUUCCGUGAGCAUUUGGAAGAGGAAAAUCAUGGUGAUGUACUGCAGGAGGACUGUGAAAGUGAGCGGGAAGACGAUGAGAAGGAAAAAGACAAGAUUGUAAAAAAUUUGGGGGAUAUAUUAGAAUCAGAAAAUUCUCCUGCUUCGUUGGAAUUAGAAAUUUCUUCAGAUGUUUUACAAACUUUUACUCCCCUGUCCACUAGCCCAUUACCUAAUGAGGAACCUGUCACUACUGUAAACCUGGAUACUGCACCCACAAUCCAGGAAGUUAUUAUAUUUCCUCCGCCCACCCCCGCCGCAUCCUUUGUAGAUUCUUUAAAUCUGGAAAAUCAACUCAUGGAGGAAAUAAUGGAAAAUGUUAGCAAUGAGAGUAGUUUUUCUCAAAAAUCUUUGGAUCAGUACAUAAACUCGGUUACCAAUUCAGAAGAGUUGAGUUCAAAUGGUGAUAACAUAGAAGAAACUAUAUCUUCUGAAGUAAUGGAUAUUGCAAUAGAGGAUUUAAGCGAUAAUAAUAUUAUAAUCAUGGAACCUAUAGCCUCUGAUAUUUUUGAAGUAGGAAAUCCUAUAGUUUGCAAUGAAACCUUGAAGGUAAAAGAUCAAUCUUUUGAGGUUUCCAGUACAGUAACAAAUGCUGAAGAAAUGUUAUCAGGAUCUCAGGAAAUACAGCUAGAAUCCACGGAAACUUCCUCCUUACCCUCUCCCCUAGUGGUUAAUGUUCCAUGUAAUGACUUUUCUCUCGAUCUCAACUUAAACUCACCGCCUUACGAAAUUCUCAAUCCAAACUCCAACGAUUCUGAUAAUGAGCUGCACUCCUCAGGGGAUAUAUCCACCCUACCCCUGCCCGAUCAGGAAAUCCGUAAAAUGAUUGCUUUAUAUCGUAAAUAUCCUCAGAUUUGGAAUCCAAAUCAUUUGGAUUAUAAUUCACGUAACCUAAGACGUCAGGCCUGGUGUCAACUUACUAAAGAAUUUAGCGUAGCAGUGGGUAAACAGUUCUCUUGGCGUACUUUGCAUCGCAAGUUGACGGAUUAUGCCAAAUACUAUAAGAAAUUGAUAACGGAACAGGAGAACUAUGAGGAAUUGGAGAAUAAGUGGGCUUUCUAUGAGGAUUUCAAGUUUUUGGAUGAUGUGCUCGUUGUCCAUGACGAACUACAGCGCAGUGUCCAUCAUCGUGAUAACAAUUUCAAAAUCAUUAAAAUCUACGAAACCCUACCCCAACUGUGGAACAUAAAACAUCCCGAUUAUAGUAAACGUUCCAGCAAACAGCGGCUCAUCGAACUAAUGUGCAAUCGUUUGCAAGAGGAAUACAAUCUCCAACUGACAACAGAACGUUUAAAAAAUCGUCUUAUAGAACUACGGGCCCAGUAUAGAACAGCGAAAAAGCAACGCUUGAAAUGUGAAAAGAAUCAACAAACUUUUACAACCGAUUUGGAGUUUUAUGAAGCUUUCAAGUUUCUCGAUCCCCACAUAGAUCCCUUUAUAUGUGAGAAAUGCGGAAAGGAAUUUAAAAAAUUAACCGAUUAUAAUCAGCACAUAAAGAGGGAACAUGAAAAGUCAAUUAAAGAGAAACCAGCUCCUCUAACCCUGUUACCUCUGGAACCGGGUGUAGAUAAAAAUUUACAAAAUAUUUGCCACAUCUGCGGCAUUAAGUUUAGUACCCGCAGUAAUCUAGUGCAUCAUGUUAGACGUCAUGAGGGCGUACGCAACUAUGAAUGUCCCAUGUGUCCGAAGAAGUUUUUUGCCUCCCAUCCACUCAAAGUGCAUAUUAGGUCCCACACCAAAGAAUGCCCUUAUACUUGUGAAAAAUGUGGCAUGUCUUUUGUUAGUGCUAGUAAACUGAAUCAACAUGUUAAGAGACAUUUAGAUCGAAAAGACUAUCAAUGUGAUUAUUGUCCUAAACGAUUUUUUACGGGCUUUGAAAAGAACCGCCACGAAAGGAGACAUUUAAAUAUUAGAGAUAAAGUGUGUCCCAUUUGUGGAAAAACAUUUGUAGUGGGUUCUUCGUAUUAUGCUCACAUGAUGCUGCACAAUGAUACGAAACGUUUUGAAUGUGGGAUUUGUAAAAUGAAAUUUGCCCAAUAUGCGGGUCUGUAUAAACAUAAAAAGAAAUAUCAUCCGACGUAAGACGAUUAAAGGGGAGAUUUAUCGGUUUUUUAAACUAUAGUUUGACUUGUAAACUGACCCAUAAUCCGGUCUGAAGUUAGUAAAUUUAUGGUCUAUAAGUAGUCUAUAGUCUUGUCUAUACUUUGGUCUCUAAUCUAUUAGUAAUUGGUUUGAAAGCCUUCUUUUUCUGUUGUUAAAAAAAUAGGAACUUUCGAACCAAAAUUGCAAUUCUUCAAAAUUUUUUGUAUUUUAAGAAAAUUAUUUAUAAUGUUAAGAUAAAUUUUACAUUAAUUAAUUGUUAAUAAAUGUGCAAUAAAUACAAAAUA